CCUCUUCAUGCAAGAGACGAUAUCGAUGCGAUACGUCAUCAGUGCAGCAGUACAGCCUCUCCUCACCUCUUCUUACUCUGAAGUUCGCCAUCCAGUCCUCUAUGUGCUCAGGGCAGGAUGGGAUGCUCCACCAGUUCCCAAACUUCAGCGGUAGACACAACGCGACCCAGUGCUAAGCCCGAGGAGAGCAACGGGGCCAGCACAACAGGGGCAGCCGAUGAGAAUGGCAAAGUAGCUGAGGACAGUGAGACUAUUCCAGACCAGACACCUGCUGACGGUGACGAUGCUACGCCUGCAGAUGAACCUGCUGUAGCUGCAACAUCUGCCGACAGUACUGCUGCAGCUCCAACUGCAGAGGAGGACCCUCAGCCUGCUGCAGCCAAUCUACCUGCAGAGGCAGCAGCACCUGAGGAAGCUGCCCACAGUACCGCAGAGACAGCAGCCAAUGCCUCAGAGCCUGCAGCUGCAGCUCCUGAGCAAGAAAAUGAAGAGGCCACAGUGACUGAUCCAGAGCCCGGAACGGGGGAGGCACCAGCUCCCAGCGAGUGAAGUGCAACACGAAUGACCACACAUAUGAAUUUGUUGGAAGUGUCCUUCCUUCUUUGUAUGCAUGAGUGAAAGUAUGUGCAGGGGUGUGUGUGUGUGUGUGUUUGUAUGUGAAAGACAUCGCCUUGUUGCCAAGAUGCAGACCCUGUGGUAACCACUUGUCAGUCAGGGUUCCUCCGUCGACACCAUGCCUUCUUCCCCUCAGGAUGAUGUACAGCUGCAAUUUCUGCUCGCAAACUGUAUAUAGAGAAGAGUUCUACAGCACUUAGUGGGUGUGUUUAUUUUCAGAGGAUGUCUGAAUAACUUGAAAUUCUAUUUAUUAUUCGUAUAGAAAUGUAUAAUAGCAGAUUUUCUGAAAAAUCAUACAUAUGUUUAAGCUUAGACUCCAUUCUGUACUUUUCUACAAAAUUAUAAUUCUAAGAAAACCAAAGCCAAAGUAUAUUUGAUUUAUGAAAUGGUAGCUGGCUUCGAUUUUAAGACCAUGUUUGCAAUCAAAAUGAAGAGCUGGUACUUUAGCUGAUUUUAAAACAUUAUUAUAAGACGAAUGAGAUAGGAGAACAUGUGAGGCCUUUUUUUUGUUGUUCUUUCUGAUGUGUCAUGAUUUCUCUUUGGGAAAGCGACCUGAAAUCUUUAACAAGCUAUGAACUGUC